GGACGGUAUACGGAGGCUGCUUUGGAGAACGGCCUCCCCAGCAGCUUGGGCAACCCAUAGCAGAUUCAACGCAGUGAAUGAGCCUCCUGCCGCCUGUGUAUCACUAUGUUUGCUCCGUGCCCGCAUUGGAGAAUGGCCUCCAAACAGUAUGGACAGCCCGCAGCAGAUUCAAUGCAGUGAACGAGGCACCUGCCGCCUGCGUCUCACUUUGUUUGCUCCGUGCCCGCGUUGGCGUGCUUUCCUGCGAGAGCCCGCUGUCUCCAAUCCAAACUGGCUCUCGUUCGAACAUAUCGCAGCCCGCCUUCCCUUCCACCCGCGCACCUCGCUCCAACUGUAACUCUUGGGCUUCAACCCGUCAACUCGGCGUAUAUCCACCAUGCCGCGGGAUUCCCACGCCCGCCAGGCCGAGGCCGAGCAGCGCGAUCUGUACGCCGAUCUGGAUGUUGUGGAAGGAGCGACGGACGCUGAGAUCAGGCGCGCAUUCCACGAACUCAUCAUAAAGGUGCACCCCAGCGAUAAAGAUACGACCAGCAACGUGAUGAGGCCGACGGCUGGGAAGACGAAGAUGAAGAUGGGUAUGGAUCCGGACACAGCGACGACAGCCUGGGCAGAGUUCAUUAGGCGGAUGCAGGCUUCUGCUCGAGGGCGGGGCUACGUUCGUCAUGAAGACCACCGAGCGCAUAGAGAGUACAAGGCUCGCAUGGAGAAAGAGCGGGCCCCCUGGAAGGACCUUGAGCAGAAGAGGUGGAAGGCAGCCCAAGAGAUGCGCGAGGCCCGAGCCCAAGACGAGAAGAAGCUCAAGAUGAAGAGUGAAGAGACCGCCCGGGACAAUGCCAUCGCGCAGGAAGACCCACUGCACGAAAAGUACACCAAGAGAAACAAAAACGCAAAGCAGGCGGCGUCGCGCAAGAACUGCACUUGCCAGGGAUGCCGCGACCGCUUCGUCCGGGAGCAGACCGAAAAGGACCAGCAGAGGAAAGACCCAAGGGAUUACGCAGAACGUAUGAAGAUCCGCGAGGCCGUUGCUGCGCGCAAAGAGAAGGAAGUCGCCAAGCAAGCCCCGCGCAAGCACAUCCCUGACGCCGGUAUCGCCGUGCAUCUGGGCUGGGUCAGCGCGGGGUAUGCGCCUGCGUGCUCGUUCUGCAAGUUCAAGAAGAUGAAUCGCAGCUCUCGGUGUCGGCAGGGCGGGGCGGUGGUAUGUGGACGGUGGAAGAAGAGUUUGGGGAGGAUGAUGCCGGAGAGUGAGGCGGUGUUGUUGGGUGCGGAGUAG